GUGUCCCUAAAGGAUUAUGGCAUAUGCGAGAGAUUGCAAGAUAUGCCGACGGAAAUGUUGAAAUCUGCAUCCGAAAUACUCAGAGCCUUGAACGAAGACGAUGAGACUAAUAUCGAAAUACGUGAUUAUGACUCGUUGAAGUUUGCCGGUCUUGGCAUUACCACUCAUUCUAACAUAACCGAUGAUGCGGAAGAUGACAAGAAUGUUGUAAAUAACGAUGAAAAUGAUAAUGGCGUUCAUAAUGUUAUUGGCAAUAAUGGGAUAAUAAUACCGGCGAAAACCCCGUUGGAAAAAUUGGUUUGUGUCAAACGAGCUGUGCAAGAAAUUGCCACCAUUUCGGACACCUAUCUAACACAAUUGGCCGCGCCUAAAGCAAUAAACAAUGAAACCAAGAGAUCACCGAUCACCACAGAUGACUUUAUACCAUUGCUAGCUUAUGUUAUCGUAAACAGUAAAAUUCGAAAGUUGGAGAGUAUAUUAUUUUACAUGCAAACCUUUAGAUUGUCAAAAGUGGAGAGAUCCGAAUUGAGUUUUGCUCUAACAACCCUACGAGCCUCGACGGAAUUCCUAAAAUCAGAUCCAUUGCAACUUCACGACUCCGUCUCCACGACAUCCUCAAUUUCCUCAAUUUCUUCGCAUUCAUCAUACAAAUAUUCCUCCCCGACUUUACCAAUAAACAAUAGGGUUCGCAGUCGAGCAACCUCAUUUUCCUCGUUGUCCACACCUAUCUCAUCUCCGCCGAUAUCAUCAAUUUAUCCUUCAUCACAAGUCAAUCACUCGAAAUCCUCGUCAAUGCCUGGAUUGGUUCAGCAGCCUUCACCCACACUGAAACGGGAUGAUUCACUUGUGGGAUCUACUAAUUCCGGCUUUGCUAGUCCAAAAAACCGUUAUGGGUGCAAACAUAACCCCGGUGAUGAAUCGAUGACCACAAAUUCGGGAAGACCAAGUUUUGACCUUGCUAAUUCCGCUUCGAUGUCAACACAAUCUUCCACUAAUGAUAUUGGCAAUUUUAAUCCACAUCAAAGAAGACGUCGAGCAUCCAUCACUCCGGUAUUAUUAAUAAAACCACAGAUAUUGUUAGCGCCCAGAAAUGCACAGUCGAGAAAAAGUCUUGAUAGUGAACGAGGUGGCCAUAUUAAUCAUGGUGGGGGUGGUAAUGGCGAAAGCGAGAUUCCCAAUUCUUUGAUGAAUGGUGUAGAAGAAGAAGUGAAUAUUGGCAAUAAUCGAAGCGAUUCAUAUGAUGGUCGAGAUAGGAUAGGUAAAUUACCGCCAUUGGCUACUAAAAAUUCCUCCUAUCAAUCGACAUCAAGGUCCAACAGCUCAACAACUAGAUCCAGUGAUGGUAGUGGAAAACCAAAGAAUUGGAGACACUCGAUACAUGCACCCGAAAUUAUUGCAGUAAUACCCAGGCACGCGCAUAAUGGUACCGUGCACACUGGUAAACCCAUUUUGGAUCUUUCGCCACCAAAUCCCGAAAUUCUGGGCGAUUUUUUGAGCAGUCUGCAGAGUAUUGACGGCGAAGUUUCUGGUAAUAGAAAUGAAGGGUUUACCGCCAGAAGAUGGUGA